GGCGAGGCUGUGCCGCUGGGCCCCGGCGUGCCCGCCCUGGUGGCUAACGGCUUCCUGGCCCUGGACGUGGCCGCCAACCAGCUGUGGGUGACCCCCGGCGAGCGGGAGCCCGCUGUGGCGCCGGACUUCGUGCCUUUCGUGCAGCUGCGGCCGCUGAGCGCGCUUUCCGAAGCUGGAGAGUCAGUGCUGCUGCUGCGGGAGGGGCUGCUGCGCCGCGUGCGUUGCCUGCAGCUCGGGACCCCAGGAUCGGGCCCCGCCGCCGGCCCCGGCCCCGCCUCGGGCUCCGGCUUUGCCUCGGGCUCCGGCCGCGACUGCGUGCUGCUGCAGGAGGACUUUCUGGCGCACCGGGGCCGACCCCACGUCUAUCUGCAGCGCAUCCAACUCAACAACCCCACCGAGCGUGUGGCCGCACUGCAGACCGUGGGACCCACUGCCGGCCCGGUCCCUCGGGCCUUCACCAGUACCCUGGAGAAAGUCGGGGACCAUCAGUUCCUCCUCUACUCCGGCCGGUCCCCGCCCGUGUCCACGGGGCUGGUGCACCUGGUGGUGGUGGCAGCCAAGAAGCUAGUGAACCGGCUCCAGGUGGCUCCCAAGACCCAGCUGGAUGAGACAGUGCUGUGGGUGGUGCAUGUGUCCGGCCCUGUGAACCCCCAGGUGCUCAAAAGCAAAGCGGCCAAGGAGCUCAAGGCACUCCAGGACUCUGCCCGGAAGGAGAUGCUGGAGCUCUUGGAGAUGCCUGCCGCCGAGCUGCUUCAGGACCACCAGCGGCUCUGGGCUCAGCUCUUCAGCCCAGGAGUGGAAAUGAAGAAGAUCACCGAUGCCCACACCCCGUCCGGCCUGACCGUGAACCUGACGCUGUACUACAUGCUCUCCUGCUCGCCAGCCCCGCUGCUCAGCCCCGACCUGAGCCACAGGGAGCGAGACCAGAUGGAGUCGACGCUCAGCUACGAGGACCACUGCUUCAGCGGCCACGCCACCAUGCACGCCGAGAACCUGUGGCCGGGCCGGCUGGCCUCGGUGCAGCAGAUCCUGCAGCUCUCCGACCUGUGGCGGCUGACGCUGCAGAAGCGCGGCUGCAAGGGGCUGGUGCGGGCGGGCGCGCCCGGCAUCCUGCAGGGCAUGGUGCUCAGCUUCGGGGGGCUGCAGUUCACCGAGAACCACCUGCAGUUCCAGGCCGACCCCGACGUGCUGCACAACAGCUACGCGCUGCACGGCAUCCGCUACAAGAACGACCACAUCAACCUGGCCGUGCUGGCCGACGCCGAGGGCAAGCCGUACCUGCACGUGUCCGUGGAGUCCCGCGGCCAGCCCGCCAAGAUCUACGCCUGCGAAGCCGGCUGCCUGGACGAGCCCGUGGAGCUGACCUCGGCGCCCCAGGGCCACACCUUCUCGGUCAUGGUGACGCAGCCCAUCACGCCGCUGCUCUACAUCUCCACCGACCUCACGCACCUGCAGGACCUGCGGCACACGCUGCACCUCAAGGCCAUCCUGGCCCACGACGAGCACAUGGCCCAGCAGGACCCGGGGCUGCCCUUCCUCUUCUGGUUCAGCGUGGCCUCCCUCAUCACCCUCUUCCACCUCUUCCUCUUCAAGCUCAUCUACAACGAGUACUGUGGGCCCGGGGCCAAGCCCUUCUUCAGGAGCAAGGAAGACCCCAGCGUCUGAGGAAGGACUGUCCUGCUCUCGGCCACUGUUUGCACAAGACGCCCAGCACUGAAAGUCCUGCUGCUACGAACCAGGGGGCCUUUGACAGCACCCACCCUUUUGUGCCUUGUUGGGGGACACCAGUGACGCAGAAGUACGUGUCGAUGGUCAGGAGUUUUCAGACGGGAAGCGGGGACGGGGCCGGCGGACGUUCUGUAAGCUUUCCACCCAAUAAAAUGAUCCCAGUGGGAAUACUUGAAAUUGAACUCACUCCUUCACUUCCCUUCCUUCCGCCCCAACCAGACCCGCUUUUGGAAAGACUUUUGUCUAGAACGUUGUGUUCUCUCCUUAAUUUUAUGUGUUCUUUCUUUACUUGACUUUUAAUUUAUUUUGGUUGAGAUCUUGCUGGAUGGCUCCACUCGAAGAGAAACCCUGCGUGGGGCGGGUCUCGGCCCGGGGGACGGCGCCUCAUCUCAUCAUGAGCCUGUGGAGAUCUAUGGUUUUGUACUUCUGGGCUUUGGGGAGACGUUUAACUUUCUAGUGAUGGAUGAUUGUUGGGUUUUGAAAUA